GCGCUCACAACCUGUGCGUGUGAAUUUCCUCCUUGUCACUUACAUGUGUUACAGUCCGAUAGAGAAACUGUUGAACAGUCUCAGCGUUAGAACGUGAAAGAGGAAGGAAAAUGAAGAUGCACGUUUCAACGUUGUUGAUACUAGCAGGUUGGAUGUUAUUUGGAGGCAGCACACAGACCACUCAACCAUCACCAACUACAGUUGCAACUACACUUACCUCACAUGUACCGACAUCACUUGCACAAACGCACGCGACGCCAGCAAAAACCACUGAGGCACAAUCAACGACUGAAUCUGUCUCUACGACCCACAAAACAAGUGAAGCAACAACUGAGUCCGCACAUACUGAGAGAAUGAGCACAACGAACAACUCCACAUCAGCUCAGACAACAUUAAACACAACCACUACCAAUAACGCUAGCUUUACCUCUUCAGCGACUGAUCUCACCAGCUCAGCCAAUAAUGCGACCAAUGCGUCGACCACAGUCACAACGAGUUUGGGGACUGAAACUCAGACAACAUCCUCUUUAGAGACUCAGACCUCACAAACAACACUGGGAAGCACAAAACCGGUUAUAACAACUGCCAAAAGCACACCUAUGACGGUUACUAACGUUACGAAUGCAACAGUUCCCGCUACUUCUGAAGCGUUAACACCUACAACGACAGUUACUAUGACUACAACGGUUCUCUCUACUUCUAAAGUGUUAGCACCUACAACAGCAAAAACAACAACAAAAGCAACCAAAAAUACUGUGACGGCGGAGUCAAAACACACAAAUUCUGGUGAGGAAGAAAAGAAGGAUCCAGAGGCUCUGAGCUCAGGAAGUGUCGCUGCCAUUGUAAUUGGCUUCCUUGCCAUUGUACUAAUUUUACUUGUUGGCGCUUACUACUUCAAAAUACGACGCUCUUCCUACGGACGCCUUUUGGAUGAUGGUGAACAGAGCUCUGUGGGGAAUUUUCUUAACCCAAUGUUUGAUGGCUAAAUGGGGAAGUGUUCAUGAAGAAACAUUAGUUUCUGAAGAACAACCUACACGUCUUUCUUUAGCAAUGAAUAUGAUAACAUCAGAUUGUGUAUUUUGACCAAAACUAAGAUGAUGCACUGACCACAAUCAUCAGGAAGUUUUAGAACGCAGGCAAGACGUCCUGUGAGUAUUACUAUGAAGACAGGUUACGGAGCACUUCGAUCCUGUUCGAAAGAAAUGUUUAAGUGAUGUCCUUGAAAUUUCUUUUUUUUGUUUGUUUGUUUGUGUUAUGUAUUGUCUUGGGUACAUUUUUUGACUUAUUCAUGUUGCUUGCGCUGUCUCAUAUUUUUAAAUGUAAAUAAACCACUUUAUUAGCAUUAGCUGUAAUUUUUCUAAAUCAAAGUCUCGCAUCUCAAACAGGCCGCUUGCGAUCAUUGUUGGUCUUGAAGAGUGACCUUAUCGUAUACCAUAAUUACAGCUGUGGCCUCAGCUGCGGCCUCCCACUAUUCAUCCAAAGACAGUCUCUGUUUUAACACGAAGACCGUUUAACAUUUCUGUAGGCUCAACAAUAACAGAUUUUUCCCCCUUGUCAUUGUAGUGGCAGGGAUCCACAAGCAGCAUGCAAUUAAGCAUUUAAACAGUCAAGACUGUUAUUAGAGACUUAAAAAUAA